GAUCACGGCAGCAGCAUCGCUUCUUUCUCUCCAUCCCAAUCGGCCGUCGCGCAAUGCUGCGAGCCUCUCGUGCUUCGGCACACGUCGUCGUGGCUUCGACAUCCGCGGCGCCCUUGGCCUCGACCGCACGAGUCGUAGUGAGGAAAUCCGCAGCUGCGCCUCCGUCCUCCUCGAGAACCUUUAGCUGCAGUGCACAUGUCCACCAGGCGACUGAGCAGGGGCAGAGCAGUGGUAGCAGCGGCAAAGGCAAGGGCAAGGCUAGCGACGGCAAUUCAGCUUCAUCGUCGUCAUCGUCGCAGUCGUCUCCGCGCUGGUUCGAUUCGAUCAAAAAGAAGGCGAGCAGCGUGCUCAGAUUCAACAAGCAGCAGCAGGAGCAGCAGGCGGCAGCCACAUCGUCACAGUCUCAAAGGAGUGCAGCCAGCAACAAUCCAUCCGCCCAGAAUGCUCCAUCAUCCUCCUCCUCCUCGGACGCCCAGAGCGCUCGCGACGAUCCACAAUUCGUCGCAGCACUGAAUGCCACAGCGCAGGCUCUGCGAGCGAGAAAGAGUCGAAAGUUAUCAAAAAGACAGAGACAGGCCAAGAAAGCAGCAGAAGCAGCAGCUCGUGCGGAUGGGACGCAGCAACAGUCGUCAAAGCCAUCAACCUCAGCCCCGGAUCCAGUAGUUGCGGCUGCCGAGAUCAAUCAAGGCGGCCCGGCAACGAUGAAGGAGGCAGCGGAGGCCUCGUCUGGUGAUUCUGGCCCAUCACAGAAGCAGUCAGCGCCUGCCGCUGCCACGUCGACGACCAAGCAGCAGGCGAGAGGCAAAGGAGCCACACUACGUAGGCAGAGGCAGCGACGUCGCAGAGUCGCAGCCCGAAAGGCUGCUGCGACGCCGCCAGCCAAGGCCAAGAAGCAAGAGGAGAAGGCUGCCACACCGCAGCAGCAGAAUGAUGUAAAGGACAAGGGAAAGCAGCAGCAGCAGGCAUCUGGCGCUAAGUCGCCGCGCCUUCCUCAUCAAUGGCAACAAGACGCCAUCCCACAAGUAACACAAAGCGAGCGGCUUGCGGCGCAAGAGCAGGCUCGCCGGGAGGCAGACGAGGCCUCGAUGGCAGAGGCAGCAGCGGCAGGGGGGCACCAGCCAUCAUCGGGCCCCUCCGCUUCAGAUGCCCCACUCGAAGAUACUCGCGCCCCGCGGCGACGUCGUCCUCCUCCGCACCUCAAUGCAGGCAAGAGCGGCCCGGCUAUGCGGCUAGUCGAUGGCCCAGAGAUGGAGGCAUUGCGCAACAUCUCUUCCUCGCUCUACACGCCAGACGAGGAGUGGGAAGCGAUCCCCUUCGAACAGCGCGAAAAGAAUGGCGGGGCCGACCUGCUUCGGCGCGGCGGCAUCCUACGCGCGGCCGACGUCCCCGUAGAAGGGAUCGACGGUCUUCGCGAGAUGAAGGUGGCCACGCUGGCCCAUGGCCUGGAUCGUGUCCUCUUCAACCCCGGUGUCCACCAGCUUCGCGACCCGCGCUCAGGAAUCUACAAUUACCCGCCUCACCUCCGUCAGAUACCCGACGUGGACCUCUUUGACUACGGUGCCCUGCCAGCGUACGUGACCUCUUCUGCCGAUAUGGAGCUCAUCGAGAUUGCCCAGAAGCAGGGAGCGAAGUGGUGCGGCUCCACCUCCAGUCUUACUAGCAUCUUCAGCCACGCCUACUUCCUCCUCUCAGGCUGGAAGGCGCCCGAGUCCAAGGACUUUACCAGCGAGUUUCGAGGAGAUGCGGUGCCCAAGGGGUUCAGCUUUGCGGCGAAGCUACCAGCGACGAUCAACUUCACGCCUAGGAUCACGCCCGGGAAUCCGAGACCCGUAUAUGCUAUCGACUCGAACUCGUCGGAUAGCGGCGAGGAUGCGAACAGCAACUACGUGCUGCUGCAGUUGGGCAAGGCAAUGGAGAAGAUGCUUACCGUAGAUCGCGGGGAGUUUGACAGCUUUCUGCGCGUCAACAGACCGGAUGAUGCCUCCGCGGGCGAAGAUGGGGCCGAAUCGACGUCCGCACAAGCAGCGCCAGAGCCAGAAGCCUACUACUACUCUCGCGCCGGUUCCAGCUUCGUCAUGCGUUCCCAGCUCGACUGCCACGACUCGCGCCUACCACGCAAGACGUUCGACCUCAAGUCUCGCGCGUGCGUCUCCAUCCGCUACGAUAGAGCCAACUGGGUUGAGGCCUCCGGCUACCAGAUCAAGCACCUGCAUGGACUGUGGGAGAGCUUUGAGCGUGAGCGCUACGAUAUGACGCGCAGUGCGUUCUUGAAGUACUAUUUCCAGGGAAGGAUCGGGAAUAUGGACGGCAUCUUCGUGGCGUACCAUAAUGCGGCCAAGUUCUUCGGAUUUGAGUACUUCCCCCUCGAGGAGAUGGCGAAGCAGCUCUUCGGCAGCGCAGAGAUGGCCGAGCAAUCCUUCAAGCUCUGCAUCUCCCUCACCGAACGCGUCCUCGGCCGUGCCGCAGAGCUCUACCCGGGGAAGCCAUUGCGCCUCACAUUCGAGACAGUCGAGCCGUAUCGCAACUCCUCCUCGCCCUCCUCACAGUCUCCUCCCUCCGACGGCCCAGCAGCAGCACCCGCUCCACCAGACACGAUGCGCGUCUGGAUUCGACCGCGAGAUGAAGAGGGCAAGCCCGUGCAGGGCGAGAUCACCCAGCUAGACGUUACGGUGGAUCGAUACAUCUUUGGUCGACUGGUGCAGGGUCCGGUGGAUUUCAAUGCAAUCGAUGGGGAGAUAAGCGUUAGUCAAGCGAAGGAGAAGGCGGAGGAACAGCUCGAAACAGAGACGGCCUUCGAGCGCGAUGCGCACAAGAACAGAGACAGUUCCGCAGCCGCAGCGUCAGGCAACGAUGGAUUCAAGCGCCCUGUCGAUUGGCACGUCGAGUACUCCCUCGUCGCUCGUACGGACUUGUCCGAAGGCGAGGCGCGGGCCAAUCUGGACUCAGCGCUGGAUCGAGCCAAGCAGCUUGCCUCCCUCGUCACGCCGAACGUGGACGCCAUCAACGAGCGUGAGCGUAACCUGGAGGCAGAGCUUGCGCGCAACCCUGCUGCGUUGCUCAAGUACAAGCGCGAUAAGCAGAGCGGGGUGGCAGCGGGGAUGCCCAAGGCUAGGGGCCAGGUGGAACUCUUUGGCUUGGGUGAAGAGGAGAUCGAGGUUGAUGAGCAGGCGCACACGGAUGUCAGGCCAGCAGCGGAAGAGCCCAAACCGUUCGGCCCACCACUGGAGGAGGCCACCGCUGCUAUGCCUUCGACGUCGGGCAAGGAGCAGAUUGAGGAAAUGGCGCGAGUGGUGAAUGCGGAGCGGAAGAAGUCUUCACUUGGCGAAGGAGAGGAUGGCGAUGGAUUGUGGCGACCCCCUACGAUGCUCAUAUCUGCUAUGAGGGUCAAGAGCAGGCAGGGUGCCAAGGAGGCAAAGGAGUUGGAGGCGAGGGACGAGUUGGUGGAGUUUAGAUCGACGAGCGAGGGGCCGAGGAGGUGAGGCGAGGCGAACGAGCCAGGAGACAGACAGGGCUAUCAUAGAUUUGGAUCUGCAAUUGUACCACACCAACACCACCACGCAUUCAUCAUUCACGCCCCUUCGUCCUCCCCGCCGUCGUGUCACUCUCACCUGGC